CGCGACGGUGGCGCCCCGCGGCCGUUCGCGCGUACUACCCGACAGUAGUCAAAUCGCGAGUGUAGAUACUCGUCCGAGCGAGUUUUCUCGCGAUUUUCACGAAAAUGGCCAACAAUAUAAAACAAAUUCACAAAAGCAAACAUUUCCCGAUAGAUCAGCUAGUGUGUGUCGGUAACUAUGAACUCGAAAAGACGAUCGGAACGGGGAAUUUCGCCGUUGUAAAACUAGCAACACAUGUUAUUACUAAGUCAAAGGUUGCAAUAAAAAUAAUAGACAAAUCUCGGUUAGAUGAAGACAAUUUGAAGAAAACGUUCAGAGAAAUAGCUAUAAUGAAGAGGUUGCGGCAUCCGCACAUAGUCAGGUUAUACCAAGUAAUGGAAAGCACUCACACAAUAUAUUUAGUCACAGAAUACGCGCCGAAUGGUGAAAUAUUUGACCACCUGGUCUCCCGAGGGCGCAUGCCCGAGUCAGAAGCAGCGCGUGCGUUCGCUCAAAUGGUGUCUGCUGUAGGAUACUGCCACGCCAACGGGGUUGUGCACCGCGACCUCAAGGCCGAGAACCUGCUGCUCGAUAGGAACAUGAACAUUAAGCUAGCAGACUUCGGCUUCAGCAACGAAUACACGUCGGGUGCGCAGCUGGCCACGUGGUGCGGGAGUCCCCCGUACGCUGCGCCGGAGUUGUUCGAGGGGCGCCGGUACGACGGCCCUCGAGCUGAUAUAUGGUCUCUAGGGGUCGUCCUAUACGUGCUGGUAUGCGGCGCGCUGCCCUUCGACGGGAGUACACUGCAUGAACUGAGGAGUGUCGUGCUCAGUGGGAAGUUCCGAAUACCAUACUUUAUGUCGCAGGAAUGCGAGCAUUUAAUCCGUCACAUGUUGGUCGUGGAGCCGGAUAAACGACUGUCAUUGCGCGGCGUGGCGCGGCAUCGCUGGUUAGCCACGCACCACGCCCCCGCAGACAUACAGGCCCCCGACGCGUCAGAGGGCGGGUGUCUCUGCCAUCCAGCGGGUCCGGACUGCAUCGACAGCGAGUCAGACGACACGGUCAUACGACAUAUGCUCAACUUACCCGGCUUAACACGACAUCAGAUCAUGCAGUCAGUAUCGGAGGCGCGAUUCGACCACAUCUCUGCGAUAUACAAUCUGCUUCACGACAAACUGCAGCAACGGAGUAGCGCCAGGACCAGUUUGCAGCAUAGAGAUUCUCUGGACUCAACCACUGGGCAACCUUUGGACCUUACUAGUUGUAAAAGUUCAGAGGAUGAGCAGAUGGACGCAGAGGAAUGUACGUCGCAAGAGUGUCUGGUAUCCAUCCCACCAGAACAGCUUGACUUCACCGACACUGGAGACACGCUGGAGAAGUUCGGUGAAACAAUACCACCAGCGACGGAAGACAGUCGCGCGACUACGCAAGACUCCCACGCGACAAGAAGACACACUGUAGGUCCUGGCGACUGUCGACACACUCAGGGUGGAGAACUGGGCGUGUGCGGCGCGGCGUCGGCCGACUUACUCGCGGCGCCGCUCUACGUGUCUGCACAUUUCAAUCAACAGCCCGGGCCGAAUGUCUCCCUCCUCCCGAACACGAACCUAGCAGCCAAACUACCGGCGGUACAGCACCAACCACCGCGCUACUUCAGCGUCAAAGACCAGCACCUGCUCAAACCGCCUCACGCCAUGCAGACACAUGCGUCGACGUUUGGGCGGCGCGCGUCGGACGGCGGCGCGCACGUGUCCCGCGGCCGCGAGCGCGGCUGCUGCCACUCCGCGCCCCCGCACCACGUAUCAGACAGCGGCACCCCGCCACGGCCCGAGGAGGGUGAACAGACAGAAGAACAAACGGCAGACUCGGCAUAUAACACCAACUUAUGCAGGUAUAUGAUGAACCGCGGGAGCAGUAAACGUCACACGAUGGCCACACCGGAAGACGCCGCCAACGUUGCCACUUCCUGUAGCACUGGUCCUAUGCCCAGCACAUCACCUUCAUCCUCAGCGAACAUUAGGGUGCGCAGGACAGGUUUACUAACAGUCACAGAGCGGCCGCCGGUUAUUAGCCCAGACCUUGUAAUGGAGGUUGAAGCUCGGAUGAAGCGGAACUACCUCCCCCCUUCGAUCCAGGGGGGGUACCAGUACCAGACCCAAUACCAAGGGUACCAAGGCCCUCAAAACCAAAAUCAGACCCAAAGCAACCAAAAUUAUGACCCUAGAAAUCAAGGUCAGAAGUCAAUAAAACCCUCACUAGAAACGAUACCCCAGGGGUCCAUAAUGGGGGGCCCGAAAGGCUUCAUAACUUCUGGUACCCCUAUGACCCAAGCCGUGUCGCCUUUUACCCCACCCGUGGGUCAAUUUACCCCAAAUCAGGGGUCACAAUCCACAGGGUCAAUUGUGAGUGGGACUCCGAUGAAUCAAAGCAACCAAAGUCCAGGCUUCGAAAACAGCUUUAAUUUCGGUACCAGUAAUUUCGGUACGGUACCACAAAGUCCUAGUCAAGGGUCUAUUAUGUCCGGUACCCCUAUGAGUACUAGUACAAGUUUUGACGGUAACAGUUUUGGAAAUAAUUUCGGUACCAACAACUUCCCUGCAAGUUCUAGCACACAUUCUAUUAUGACUGGUACGCCAAUGAAUACAAAUACCAAUUUUGACGGUAAUAAAAAUUACGGUACCAAUUUCGGUACCGGGAAUUUCACUGGAACGAAUCAGCAAGGAUCUAUUAUGAGUGGAACACCGAUCAACACAAGUUUUGACGCUAGUAAUAAUUUCGGUACCAGCACAUUUAUUUCCAACACAAAUUACGACUCGAAUAAGAAUUUCGGUACCAACCAAGGGUCAAUUAUGUCUGGUACUCCAAUGAACACAAAUUUCGACUCGAAUAAGAAUUUCGGUACUAACCAAGGGUCAAUUAUGUCUGGUACUCCAAUGAGCACAAAUUAUGACUCGAAUAAGAAUUUCGGUACCAACCAAGGGUCUAUAGUAACUGGGACCCCAAUGGCAAACUAUGAUGGCAACAAAAAUUUCGGUACCAACUUUAGUAAUUUUGGGAGUUACCAAAAUCAGAAUAUCCCUACUGGGUCCAUAACAGCUGGGACCCCAGGGCACACUAGACAGAGGAAAUAUUCGGGACCGCAACGAGUUAAGCUGCAAAUGCUGGCAACUGUACAAGAAAUGGCCCGCGAGCACGCGGAGCGCUACUCGCCGGUGCGGCGCGCGGAGUGCUCCCCGCCCCGCGCCGCGCACGACAUCGCCUCGGCGCGGCUGGAGUACCAGCAGCUGCAGCGUGGUCUAGAGAGGCGCAGCGUAGGGCCGGGUGCUUCGCCCCCGCUGCCCGGGGACGCAAGACUCACGCACACACCCGUCACCUCCAUGCCGGGCUCCCCAAUCCAUUCGGGCGUGGCCCAAAUCCCAACGCUGGACCUCAACUCGAUAUCCGCGGAAGCUGCUAGAGCAGUUCUAUGUGCUGCUAAGACCCUCAUCACGGAUCCAGCCGCUAUGGAGCUGUCCAGGACACUGCUGUUGACCCAGGACGUUGCGUUGAAAAUCGGGAUAAACCUCCACACCCUAACACUACCCCACAUGAACAUAUCCCAGGAAAUUCUAAAAUGUGUCCACAACUAUGGCAACUUUCUAUCUGGCCACACUAGCCCUGCCAGCCCUGGCUCGCCUCUACAUCAGAUCACCGAGGGUCUCAGCUACCUCCACACAGGGUCCAUAACCAGGGGGACGCCCCAAGCCAGCGCGACGCCUUUAGACCUCCGAAGUAACAUAGACAUGGAUACGGGACAGUACCCACAGUUGCACCCAAUGGUACACCCCCAAAUCCACAUAGUAACCCAUAGAUCUCUGAACAAUUCACCCAUAUCAAACCCUGGCUCACCUUUAGAUAUGAUUCAAGAGGAAAUUGGGAACGGGAGUAAUGGGAAUCACGAUAAACUGUUCAGUCAAAGUUUAUAUCCGAACUAUUCAACAACGCACCCCCAAAUCAGCUUAACAGACUGCCUAGGAUCAGAAAUAACCUUAGUAGCAUCAUCUUCUGAAGACAGUAUGGACAGUCUCGAAAACAACUCGAAGUAUUCGCUACCACAGUUUGUCAUAUCCGAACCGUCAGAUUUGGACGACAGACCAUCCAUCACUAAAGGGAUAGGAAGGAAAGUUAGCCAAGAAUCCGAACCGCCACCUCCCAUAGAGCUUCCCAAAGACCUAGAUUUAGAUAAAGACCAGGAGAUGCAGUCCCCAAAAGAAGCAAUAGACGACACCAGCAAAUUCUUGACAGAAGACUCGAAGUCCAGAAGAGGUUCUGACAAAUCUCUAGGGUUUAGUGACGAUUCGCUCAGCAAUGACUCCGCGAACGUUUCUCCGAACUGUGAGCAGAAUAUCCAGUCGAUUUAUUCCAAUAUAGUGUCAAUAAGUUCAGGGUUUUCCGAGAAUCGGGGCAGCUUCUCUGAACAUAGGGAAUCGUUUUCAUUCUCAGACCGAGGGAGCUUUAGCGAACGGGGGGAUUUCGGUAGAUCCUCGUUUUCUGAAAAGAGCGAUUUCGGCCGGGGAUCCUUUUCGGAAAAGGGGGAAACACCUCGUUCCUCCUUCUCCGCCCAAGGCAUGUUAGGCGAAGUCAAAGAAUAUUACGAGGACGUGUACAUGCCCAGGGAUAACUCCAGGCAUUGCCUUGAAAAGUGCGAUGAAGAAAGUUCUCCGGCAUCUGAAGAAAUCGAAAAGCUACAAAGAUCCACCAUGGACUUACGGCUGACCGAAAUCUGUCGACCAGAGGAGAAAAUUCCGAUCCUGCUGAGUCCCCAAAAAGUGUCAUGUGUGCAAGAGUAUUAUGAAAUGACGUUAUCCACUGUAUGUUCCAAAUUAGACUCCCAAAGAAUAGUGGAGUUGUUAAAGGACGCAAUAAACACAAGGGUUCCCCCGCAAAAUAUAUUCGUAGAGACUUCCGAUCAGAAAGCGACUGAAGACAGCGAAGCCUCAGGGUUUUUGAACUUGGAAUAUUCUGGCGGGAUUCAAAUAGAAUUAGUUGUUUGUGAGAAUAAAGCUGAUGAGAAAAAAGGUCUUAAAAUGAGAAGGAUAUCUGGCGACCAGAGAGAGUAUGGCAAACUCUGCCAACAGCUAAUAACAAGCCUGACAGUUUAAUUUAUUCAUGUAAUAACCAUAGAUAAACCUGCUUCUCAGACGGGGAUGGACUUGCACCAAUGAGUUGUUAAUUUAUCGCAAGUGCAGUUUCCACUAACACAGUUGUCUCGACCAUUAUAGACGGCGAUACGGCUCACCUAUCACGUUGGUCUAACACAAAGCUCGGUAAGUAGUGGGUACGUUCAUCCUGCGAUGGAUGUACCUCUGAUUACCCCAAGUGUGAGAUUAUGUUAGAUAAACCGCGUCAUACAUAAAUACGACGAAAACUUCACGCUAAAACAAACGCAGCGGUAUACAGGGUGUCUGUGACAACGUAACGAAAACUUUGAGGGAUGAUUUAGAGUUGAUAUCAAGUAGAAUUUUCCGUCGCAAAAGUAUGGAACUGAAAAAAAAACACUAAUAUUGACAAGAAUUUUCCGACACGAAAUUCCACUUGAUAUCAACUCCGAGUCAUGAUUUGAAUCAUCCCCCUCAGUAUUCGUUACGAUGUCGCUAACACCCUGUAUAGAACCAAUAAAAUCGUCAAAAAUUACGUAGCUACGGUCGUCGUUUUACUAUCUAUUGCGCGUGGUGAUUCGUAACGCGGUCGGGUUAUACAAUACAAAAUACUAUCAACUUUUGAAAGUUAUCAAUUUGGCGCAUUUUAUAAAUUGGGUAGUUUCCUACAUCAAAGAUAAGUUAUGAAAUUCUGAUUACAUAACAUAACAUACAUAAACUGCCUAUAUACGUCCCGCUGCUGGGCACAGGCCUCCCCUCAAUCAACCGGAGGGGGUAUGGAGCAUACUCCACCACGCUGCUCCACUGCGGGUUGGUGGAGGUGUUUUUACGGCUAAUAGCCGGGACCAACGGCUUAACGUGCCCUCCGAAGCACGGAAUCAUCUUACUUUUUCAGACAAUCAGGUGAUUCAAGCCUGAAAAGUCCUUACCAAACAAAGGACAGUCUCACAAAGUGAUUUCGACAAUGUCCCCAUCGGGAAGCGAACCCGGACCUCCAGAUCGUGAGCCUAACGCUCUAACCACUAGACCACGGAGGCUGUUCUGUGAGGCUGUGUGUGAAAUUCUGAUUACUAAAGACAAAUCUAAAGCUGACAAAAAACGUUUUAUUUUUUAACUUACAUUUAUGAAUUUUAAUAAAGAAAAAAGUAAAAAAAAAGCGACAUUUUGUCACUUUCUUCUACAACGUCACAGGUUGCUUUUUCAUCUAUCUAUCUAUCUAUAUCAGCCUAAAUUUAUAUCCAAUUAUAUCGACGCUGAUAUUAUAUCCAUAUAAUAUCAGCGUCGUGGUUCACGCCGCGACUUGUGCUGAGUGAGGCCCUUUUAUCUCAGGACGUCCACCACCACCUAAUGGUCAUUUCGACAAACAUCCGUCUUGCUUUUUUGUAAUUGUUUUAGUGGAAAUUUGAUGUGAUGUUGUUGUCUUUUUUUUGUGUGUGGCGUCCUUUUAUAAUAAACUUUUUCUAUUCUAUUCUAUUCAAUUUUGGUCGUAGGCCUCUUCCAUGUUUAUCCAUUUCCGACGAUCCUGGGCUAUCGACAUCCAGCCAUAUCCUGCGUGCCGCGCGAUGUCGUCCUUCCAUCUCAUUGGUGGUCUUCCUCUCGGUCUUGUGAAUGCUUUUUCAUACAAAUGUGGGCUCAUGUCAAUGAACUUUAUUGAGAUCACAAUCAAUGUUAAUAUAUUUACAAUAAAUUACUUCAGUCUUUCCUGUUCACUCAUCGCAAUCAGUUGUUUUAUUCCAAACUCCACAGCUAGCAAUUAUCGAUACACUUCACACAUACAUUCGUAGUUACUUAUACUUAGUAGGUAUACUUACCUAUAACUGAUAGUGAACAGGAAAGACUGAAGUAAUUUAUUGUAAAUAUAUUAACAUUGAUUGUGAUCUCAAUAAAGUUCAUUGACAUGAGCCCACACAAAUAUAAUUAUAAUUUCGUGUUUUGAAUUUAGUAAAAAGCAACUGAUUUGACUAGUUGGAAAGUACCCUAUUAUUUUAACGCUAUUUGUCAUUACAGUGGGUUCUAUAUAGUCUAUGGUACGACGUACAUCGACAUAAAGUAACGUCCUUCAGUGGAGCAGCGUGGUGGAGUAUGCUCCAUACCCCCUCCGGUUGAUUGAUGGGACGCCUAUGCCCAGGACCGGGAGGUAUAUAGGCUGUUUAUGUAUGUACGUUACCCGUCCAUCAAUUGCUUAAAAUACAUUUAUUACAAAAUUCUAAAAAUAAAUUUAAAAAGUAAAUUUCAUUCCUAAAAUAAUUAUUUACGACUUUUUCCCCAAAAAGAAAAGCAUAUCAGAAAACGUGACUUUAAAAAUAUAAAUUAAAAAAAUAUCAUCUAAAAAAAAUAUAUUUAUUUAUUUAUUUAUAGCCUACAAGUUUUUGUUGUUAUUAUUUUUAAUCAAUAUUUUUUGUUAUAUUUUGUUUUUUUUUCUUUUUCAUAUAUUUAUGAACAUUUUCGUUAUUCGAUACACGACACGAUCUUUACAGCGAUCUAUUUUAGAACCUAAAAGUGAUAGUACGAAGAAAAACCUUUCAAUUUAGGUACCUAAACUGAAUAAGACUUCUGGCUACGUUCCCCAAAAACAGAUUUCACGUGAUAAUUACCUUUUUUUUAUUGCAAUGAAAUGAAAUGAAAAUUUACUGUCAUAAAUGUGGGAGGUAUAUAGAUGGAAGUGAAGCUUAUAGCGUUCAGCACAUUUAGUCACGUUGUGACAUACAAUAAUAAUUACAUAAAUAACAGAAAGAACAAUAGUAUUGCUCGGGUACAUAAUAAUUAUUCAAAUAUAUAAUGAAAUGGCAGCAGCAUAUAUAAAUAUAUAGGAUUAUUGCUACCUAUAUUGUUUCUCUUUAGUUUGAUCAGAAUAAUAAUGGAUGGAAGAUAAAAAACAAAGAUCUUUCAUCUUUUUCAUGCAUAAUGUCCGUGAAAUUAGAAGGGUAAACGAAGGCAAAACUGAACAGCGCCAUCUAUGAUUUUUUUGAGAACGUAGCCUGGAAAAAUCGUAAACUUAUGCAAUAGAUAAUAUUGUUAUGAAGGAUAUACAAUGCAUUUAUUUAAUGACUGUUUUUGUCUAUGGCAUUCCACUUUUUUUCUUUUAUUAUUGGAUGGAUUCGAAAAAAUAUACGUUUUUUUAUUAGUUUAAAUAUGUAUUCGUUAUCACAUUAGAUGAUUUGAAGUUUUUCUUUAUUAUACAGGGUGUAGAUAAUUCUUUGCUAUGUUUUAACUUUUUUUUCUAAAAAAUAUCUGUUUUGUAAUAGCAAUUUUAAGAGUAAAAUUUUCCGAUAAAAAAAUAGUUUUAAGUGCAUUUUUCCUGCAUAGUUAGUUUUAAUUUUAAUUAUUAUGUUAAUAUUAGUAAAAAAAUGUAUAUAGUUAUAAUAAUAUAUUAAGUUGCACAUAUGUGUAUAUGACGAACUAUCAAAGAAAAAUAAUAUUUAUUCCAAACACUUUAGUAAAUAUUCCAUUUUUGAAAAUAAAAGUUAAAUAUAUUAAUUAUUUUUAAGUUCUAGAUAGUUAUUGUACAUAGUAAAAUAAAGUGUAGAUUUUUUCUUAAAAAAAAUUAAAAUCAAAUGCAAUUGUAAUAUACACACUGCGCGUAUUGUAAUUAACAUACGUAGUUUUUUAAUUGAACAUAAUACAUAAAGACAAACGCUUAAAAUUGUUUAAAGGUACAAUUAAAAAAAAUAUUUUUUUUAAGAUUUUUUUUAAAUCGGCUAGAUUUUCAUACCGCCAUAUUGUUUUUAUUAUUGUUUUUAUAUUUCAUUACUCCACUACGAUUUGACAUGGCUUUUUCAUGGGUAAAAUUUUUAUCCUGUAGUCUAAUGUUCUCCCAUAUAAGUUUUGAGUUCAAUGACCAACCACAUCAACUCUUGUGUCGUGUUUAUAGUCUAACAAGAACAAUAAAAGUGAACAAUUAUCGAACAAUUUCUUUUUUUAAGGAUUUUUUGCCAUUUUACUUUGGCAACACCGAGGAUAAUAAUCACAUAGGUGAUUGCAUGAUUCCAUAAUUACUUUUUUUAUAUAUGUUUUUUUCUGGUUUUUUUUUUCAUCGAUUUAUCUGUUAGUUUUUAAUAUUAUUCCCAAACUACUUUUAGUAAUUUAAGUAUAUUUAAAUACUUAAAACUUGUAUUGUGUUCAAUGAAAAACAAAAUGGUUGUUAAUAUUGACAACAAUUUUGUAAAGAUAUUUGAAAAUCUAUUGAGAAAAACACAUUAUGAAAUUUUGAUUACUAAAUAAACAUCUAAAGGCUUAUUUAUGAAUUUUAAUAAAGAAAAAUAUAAUUUGUUCAACCCUCAUCACAAAUGCCAAAGUCUUUUAAAGAUGUUUCGAGGUACCGAACUGAGCAUAGUACCUCGUUAGCCACAAGUUGGUAGUGUGACUAGGGAUCGACGAUCCAACAGUGUUACGUUGGAAGUCGUAUAUAUGCGUCGCGCUGUGAAAACUUCGUUAGCGCGUUUCAGGACCGAUGAGCGCCAUCUGUGUUGUAUGGGAUGAACUAGCUGGUACUAGUUGGGUCCGCAACAUGUCGAUUUUUAGUUUUUCUCAAGCGAUUUUCUAAAUGUAAGAUAACAUAAGCCAUAAGAUAUCCUAGAGCCAUGUUAUCAAAGCUAGAUAAACUGUAAAUAAUAUUUUAAUAAAUUCAAUUCCAUUACGUUA